AUGGUUGUUGUCAGGAGGGUGUUAGUGUGAGUCCUCAGCGUUUACCGUAAUUGUAUAUUUCGUAUUGAUUAAUGCUAGUGUAACCUCACUAGGCACCCACUGACUACACAUCCCAACAACAUGGCUCCCAAGAAAGGAGACCUAACAGAGGAGGAGAGGGAGCUGAUCACAGUCAUUUCUAAAGGCACUGUUGAGGAAGCAGGACGGUGUUUAGGCAGCAAGGAGGUUCGCGUCAAUUGCUUGGAUGAGCAUGGAAUGACGCCUCUGAUGCAUGCAGCCUACAAGGGUAAAGCGGAUAUGUGUAAAUUAUUGUUGCAACAUGGAGCAGAAGUGAAUUGUAAUGAGCAUGAACAUGGAUACACAGCCCUGAUGUUUGCUGGUCUUUCAGGUAAAAAGGAGAUUGUUUGGAUGAUGUUGGAGGCUGGAGCUGACCCUGAUGUACUGAAUUCUGUUGGGAGAACAGCUUCUCAAAUGGCUGCCUUUGUAGGCCAGCAUGAUUGCGUCACUGUCAUCAACAAUUUUUACCCUCGAGAAAAGUUGGACUAUUACACCAAGCCACAAGGGCUAAACACAGAACCAAAAUUACCUGUAAAACUGGCUGGUCCUUUGUACAAAAUUAUUACAGCUACAAACCUUCAUCCUGUCAAGAUUGUUUUUUUGGUAAAGGAGAACCCACUUUUGAUGGAAACAGAUGCUCUUAAAAAAUGCAGUAACGUGCUGGAUCUAAUCUGUGAAAAAUGUAUGAAGCAACAAGAUAUGAAUGAAGUUUUGGCCAUGAAAAUGCACUAUAUUAGUUGUAUAUUACAGAAGUGCAUUACCUACAUACAGGAGAAAGAAGAUAAACUGGACACGUUUAUAAAAAGUUUAUUAAAGGGCAGAGAUUCUGAUUGCUUCCCGGUGUUCCAAGAAAAAUUCAUCCGAGAGAGUAUCCGGAAAUUCCCCUAUUGUGAAGCAACACUUCUACAACAGCUAGUGAGAAGCAUUGCACCUGUCGAAAUUGGAUCUGACCCUACGGCCUUCUCUGUACUGACCCAAGCAAUCACUGGCCAAGUGGGCUUUAUAGAUGCUGAAUUUUGUACGACCUGUGGAGAAAAAGGGGCAAGCAAAAGGUGCUCCGUGUGCAAAUUGGUGAUCUACUGUGAUCAAAACUGCCAAAAACUUCACUGGUUUACACACAAAAAGAUAUGCAAAUUACUGAAAGAGAAAAGGGAGAAACACGAGCUAGAAGAUGCCAAAGAGAAGAAGAGGCAAGAAAAAUAUAAUAACCAAGAGGAGGCCAAUGGUGAUGAGUCAACUGUAUCGACGACGGAUGCCUCACUGGAAGGUAACACAGAAAUACCCAAAGACGCCAUCGUCAGUGAGUUGCCUGGCACUGAAGAAGACCAAGAAACCAAAUACCUUUCUUCCACACCUCUUCCAACAGAAGGCCCAUCAGCUGAAUCUAAUCUGUCUCACACACCCAAUGAAUCUGAAGAAUAAGGAAGAACCAACCUGAUCAGUUUAUCCCGCAUUCUACAGACCACUCCAAUCUUCAUUAUUAUUUUAAAUAAAACCACCACAAGUAUUUUUCUGAAGGCUUCUGACAUGUAUACGGUUUAGCAAGGGUUUUUCCUCCCUCUACAUACUUCUUAAAUAGUAGACACUACUUGGGUUAUUCAUUAAACUCUGAAUUGCUUUGAACUGAAACCGGAUUGUAAAUUCAUAGCCGAGCUGUGGCUGAGCUGCAGAUUGUUUGUUUGUUUUUUCACAAAUCUUCACUUUUUCCUGGGUUUUGCAAUUCUGUUUUCAAUGCACAACAAAUUGGUAUGUAGUGAAUGUACACAAAUUGAGAAGGAUACAGGGGAAAAAAGGAAAGACGGUAGGGACAAACCCGUAUGCCUUCUGGUAUUAUUGUUCAGCUAGUAUUUUCUUAUUUGGUUUUUACAUAUUAAUAUUGUACUGUUAGGAAUCUUUUAGAUCUGCUAAUUGAUUUUCCUUUAAAAAACAUUUUUCCAAGAUGUUAUACCUGGGGUACAAUUUUCUGUAAUCUGUUGCAUGAGGGUAUUCUGACAAUUCUUCCAAGAUAACAAAGGAUGGUAAUGUAAAAAUGUCUAUAAUUUGUUUUGCAGGAUAUCAGAAUUGGAGGCUAUUAGCAUGUGAUACACGCAGGAAUGGUAGCCAGCUAAAUGAAGAGCAGCCUAAAAAUAUCGCCUCGCCCAUAUCUUCCCUUAUUUUAUUUUCUCAAUGGGUUAUAGAUCAGGUCGCAAAUAAGUUUUGCUUAUGUCAUUUCCAUUCAUUAUUGUUCACAAUUUAUCUAGCUGUAAUUGUUGCGCCCAGUCUGCCUGGAAAACAAAAUGGGUUCCAGAUUCUUAGCUUAGAUUUUUGAAUGCCAAGCCGCCCCAUGAAUAAA